UGCGUCGGGAGCGCGCACGGUGGGGGCUGCUGUUGCUAUGAUGCAAUGGCGACUGCGCCGUGGGAAGCGAGCGAGGAGUUGAAUGAGUUGUCUCCACAGUUGAAGUGAAGCAGCCGCCCGCAGCAGCAGCAGCAGCAGCAGCAGCAGCUGGAGCCGCAGCUCGGGGACGGACAGCCCGCAGACACGGGCAGCGCCCCGUCCGUCCUGCCACACCGAACCUGAGCGCGCAGCCAGGUGUGCGCGCUAGCCUCGCAGCUAGCCGUGCCAUGACGCUGGGCGAGACUCCUCACACAUCUGUGCGACGCUGCGGCGCGAAGACAGACGCACCAACACCCCGUUCGCCCUCGCGAGCCGAAGCCAAGUGACGACGGGCUUGUUGCGCCUGCAAUUCCCCCCUCCGGUGCCACUGUCCUCCUCCGCGGAUACCGAGUGGACCUAUUCGUGCGUGGGGUUGGACCACCAUGGCAGAGCGGACCUCGGCCGGGCUUUUGACCAUGAUGCUGGAGCCCACGCCGGCUGUCGCGAUGACCCUGCCGGCGGAGGUCCGGGAGAAGCUGGCGGAGCUGGAGCUGGAGCUCUCCGAAGGAGACAUCACUCAGAAGGGCUAUGAGAAGAAACGGGGCAAGCUGCUGGCACCCUACAUCCCACAGAUACAAGGUGUAGAUCCGUCUCUGCAAAUUGACAACAGGAUACAGACCUCCUCCCAAGCUCUUCCUCAGGGUUCAAAACACAACAAGGCUCGAGCUGCCAACACACGGGAUGAGCGCUUCAGAUCUGAUUUGCACACAGAGGCCGUCCAAGCAGCUCUGGCGAAGUACAAAGAGAGGAAGAUGCCCAUGCCCUCAAAGAGGCGAUCUGUGCUAGUUCAGUCUUCUGUGGAGGCAUGCACCCCGCCAGACACCUCCUCAGCGUCGGAGGACGAGGGCUCGCUACGCCGGCAGGGACGCCUGGCCACCUCCACGCCCUACCAGGGCCACGGCCACCCCGCCGUCGAGCACUGGUUUAAUCGUGUCAUCCAGGGUUCCUCCACCUCAUCCUCCGCGUCAUCCACCUCAUCCCACCCGGGAGGGAGAUCCGUCACCACUACCACCACCAACACCACCGCGCACGCUGCCCUCAACGCCAACGCCGCAGCUACAGCACUGGCCGACCUCAUGGCUCACACCCAGCUAGAUAACCACUCGGCGCCCCCCGACGUGACGGGGCUGCUGGAGCGCUCCUCGCUGCACACGGAACGGUCCCAGGUCGCCUCAGUGCGAGGCGUUUCCCGCGGCUACAACCACCACACCAGCGUCAUGGAGACGGCAGACGGCUGUGAGUGGAGAGGUGAAGGAUCCUUCGGUUUAAUGGAUGGUGUUCCCGUCAACAGCCGCGUCUCCUCGAAAAUCCAGCAGCUGCUCAACACCCUGAAGAGGCCGAAGCGGCCGCCGCUGCGAGAGUUCUUUGUCGACGACUUUGAGGAGCUCCUGGACGUCCAGCAGCCAGAUCCCAACCAGCCGAAGGCAGAAGGGCAGCAGAUGGGUCCGCUGGAGGGAGAGCCUCUCGGGGUGGUCACCAACUGGCCCCCUUCGCUACCAGCAGCCUUACAGAGGUGGGGUACCACUCAGCCGAAGAGUCCCUGCCUCACGGCACUCGACAACGCCGGCAAACCAGUCUACACGCUCACCUAUGGUAAACUGUGGACCCGCAGUCAGAAGCUGGCCUACACUCUGCUUAACAAGCUGAGCACCAGGAACGAGCCUCUGCUCAUGCCUGGAGACAGAGUUGCACUCGUGUUCCCUAACAACGACCCGGUGAUGUUCAUGGUGGCCUUCUACGGCUGUCUCCUGGCAGAGCUAGUUCCCGUGCCUAUCGAAGUGCCGCUGACCAGAAAGGACGCAGGGAGUCAACAGAUCGGCUUUCUGCUGGGCAGCUGUGGCGUCACGCUGGCCCUGACCACUGAUGCUUGUCAGAAAGGCCUGCCUAAAGCACAAACAGGGGAGGUGGCAACUUUUAAAGGCUGGCCACGGUUGCUGUGGUUUGUGACCGAUGGAAAGCACGUCGUAAAGCCUCCGAAGGACUGGCAUCCUCCAGUACGCGAAGCAAGCAAUGACAUAGCCUACAUAGAGUAUAAAACCAGCAAGGAGGGAAGCACCAUGGGGAUCACAGUGUCCCAUUCAGCCAUGUUGGCCCACUGUCACGCACUCACACAGGCCUGUGGCUACACAGAGGCUGAGACCAUAACAAACGUCCUGGACUUCAAGCGAGAGGCCGGCUUGUGGCAUGGUGUUCUCACUAGUGUCAUGAAUCGGAUGCAUGUGAUAAGCAUCCCUUACUCCUUGAUGAAAGUCAACCCCUUGUCCUGGAUACAGAAGGUCCACACGUUCAAAGCACGGGUAGCAGUGGUGAAGUCGAGGGACAUGCACUGGUCUCUGCUGGCCCAAAGAGACCAGAGAGACAUCAGCCUGAGCUCGCUGCGCAUGCUGAUUGUGGCCGACGGAGCGAACCCAUGGUCGAUAUCCUCCUGCGACGCCUUCCUCAAUGUCUUCCAGGCACGUGGGCUACGACCUGAGGUGAUCUGUCCAUGUGCCAGCUCUUCAGAAGCCAUGACCGUCGCCAUCCGCAGACCUCCGGAGAUGGGCGUUCCUCCUCCGGGGAAGGCGGUGUUGUCUAUGGGCGGGCUGAGCCACAGUGUGAUCCGCGUGGACACGGAGGAGAAGCUCUCCGUGCUCACGGUGCAGGACGUGGGGCAGGUCAUGCCUGGAGCGGUGGUUUGUGUGGUGCGGGUGGAGGGGACGCCGUACCUCUGUCAGACAGACGAGGUGGGAGAGAUCUGCGUGAGCUCAGGCAGCAUCGGCGUGGCUUACUACGGCCUCCCCGGCAUGACCAAGAACGUCUUUGAGACCAUCCCUGUGACAUCGUCUGGUGUUCCCAUCAGCGACAGACCCUUCACCAGGACCUCACUGCUGGGUUUUGUGGGACCAGACAGCCUUGUGUUUGUAGUGGGGAAGAUGGAUGGGCUGAUGGUGGUCAGUGGGCGGAGACACAACGCUGACGACGUUGUUGCCACGGCGCUGGCCGUGGAGCCCAUGAAGUUUGUGUACAGGGGGAGGAUAGCAGUGUUCUCCGUCUCGGUGCUGCAUGACGAGAGGAUCGUUGUCGUAGCAGAGCAGAGGCCGGACGCCUCUGAAGAAGACAGCUUCCAGUGGAUGAGCCGUGUGCUUCAGGCUAUCGACAGCAUCCACCAGGUGGGGGUGUACUGCCUGGCUCUGGUGCCUGCCAACACGCUUCCUAAAGCGCCGCUGGGCGGCAUCCACAUAUCCGAGACCAAACAGCGCUUCCUGGAGGGCGCCCUGCACCCAUGCAAUGUCCUCAUGUGCCCCCACACGUGCGUCACCAACCUCCCGAAGCCGAGACAAAAGCAGCCGGAGGUCGGCCCUGCUUCUAUGAUAGUGGGGAACCUGGUGGCAGGCAAGAGGAUAGCACAGGCCUGUGGGCGAGACGUGGCACAGCUGGAGGACAAUGAGCAGUUCCUGUACAUACAGGAUGUGCUACAGUGGAGAGCUCAGGCCACUCCAGACCAUUCGCUGUUCCUUGUCCUCAAUGCUAAGGGAACAGUGGCUAGCACAGCCUCCUGCCUUCAGUUGCACAAGCGGGCCGAGCGAGUGGCCGCAGCAUUGAUGGGACGCCUGAACACUGGAGACCACGUAGCGCUCGUCUACCCGCCCGGAAUCGACCUGAUUGCCACCUUCUACGGCUGCCUGUACGCCGGCUGUGUGCCGGUCACCGUCAGACCCCCGCACCCUCAGAACCUGGCCACCACUCUGCCUACUGUCAAGAUGAUCGUUGAGGUCAGCAAGUCCGUGUGUAUCCUCACUACCCAAGCAAUAAUGAAGCUGCUGAGAUCCAAAGAGGCUGCCGCCGCUGUGGACGUCAAGAGCUGGCCCAUGGUGGUGGACACAGAUGACCUCCCCAGGAAAAAGAGCCCCCAGAUGUACAAGCCUCCCACACCAGAGAUGUUAGCCUACCUGGACUUCAGUGUGUCUACGACCGGCAUCCUGGCUGGAGUUAAAAUGUCCCACGCUGCCACAAGUGCCUUGUGUCGCUCCAUCAAGCUGCAGUGUGAGCUCUACCCCUCCCGGCAGAUCGCCAUCUGUCUGGACCCCUACUGCGGCCUCGGCUUUGCCCUGUGGUGCCUGUGCAGCGUGUACUCGGGCCACCAGUCGAUCCUGGUUCCUCCUCUAGAGCUAGAGAGCAACGCGUCGCUGUGGCUCGCUGCAGUCAGCCAGUACAAAGUGCGCGUCACCUUCUGCUCGUACUCGGUCAUGGAGAUGUGCACCAAGGGCCUGGGAGCACAGACGGAGGCGCUUCGGUUACGGAAUGUGAACCUGUCCUGUGUGCGUACAUGCAUGGUGGUCGCGGAGGAGAGGCCCAGAAUAACCUUGACGCAGUCCUUCUCAAAGAUCUUCAAAGACCUGGGGCUCUCGCCGCGGGCCGUCAGCACCACCUUCGGCUGCCGGGUGAACGUGGCCAUCUGUUUGCAGCCCAACAGGUUAGGAAAGCUGGCUGAGCAGGGUACAGCUGGGCCGGACCCCACCACUGUGUAUGUGGACAUGAGAGCUCUACGACACGACCGGGUUCGCCUGGUUGAGAGAGGGUCACCACAUAGUUUACCACUGAUGGAGUCUGGGAAGAUCCUUCCCGGAGUGAAAGUCAUCAUUGCCAACACAGAGACUAAAGGGCCACUGGGAGACUCCCACCUCGGAGAAGUGUGGGUGAGCAGUCCACACAAUGCCACAGGCUACUACACCGUCUAUGGGGAGGAGGCGCUGCAUGCUGACCACUUCAAUACCAAACUCAGCUUUGGUGACACCCAGACUGUGUGGGCGAGGACGGGCUACCUGGGCUUCCUGCGGCGCACUGAGCUCACUGAUGCUAGUGGAGAGCGCCAUGAUGCCCUGUAUGUGGUGGGUUCUCUUGAUGAGACUCUGGAACUGAGGGGAAUGAGGUAUCAUCCGAUUGACAUCGAGACCUCUGUUAUCCGUUCCCACAAGAGCAUCGCUGAAUGUGCGGUGUUUACUUGGACCAACCUCCUCGUAGUGGUUGUGGAGCUGGAGGGAUCUGAGCAGGAGGCUCUGGACCUGGUGGCGCUGGUCACGAACGUGGUGCUGGAGGAGCACUACCUCAUCGUAGGGGUGGUGGUCGUGGUCGACCCCGGCGUCAUCCCCAUCAACUCCCGCGGUGAGAAGCAGCGCAUGCACCUCAGAGACGGCUUCCUGGCAGACCAGCUGGAUCCCAUCUACGUGGCUUACAACAUGUGAGGGCUCUGCUGCAUCAGAGCGAGACAAUAAAAGCGAAGCUCGUCUUAAGCCUGGUGUCAGCGUGGCUUCUGCACAAAGAGCCGAGACGCCCUCUGUAUGAGCUCACGGAGGGGAGCUACAGUGUAAUAUGACGGAUGGAUGCAAAACGGAGAAAACGUUUCUAAGAUGAACACAAACCUCAUCUCUGUUUCUCCCUGAGAAUUGUUGCCUCAACAAAUAAUGACUUUUAGAGGAGUUUUGUACGUAGGACAUCAACUGACUCUUCAAACCCAGAACUCCUGAUUAAAAUAUAAAACUGCACUGUGCCAUUCACAUCCUUUGUUGAUAUUCAGAGUAUGAAUGCUUGUUGUGGUUGCCACACCCUUGUGCCAUUUGGUUGGAUCGAUGCUAGCACCAAAACCCUGCUCAGACAUGUGUCUUGUUCACAAAGCCUCCUGUGCUGUUGGAGGUUUUGUGCUGUGGAGAGAAAACAUCGGUCCCGUUGUCAUUUCAGAUCAUGCCUGUACUGUUUGAUUGUUCCUGCUACAGGGCGCUUCGGAUCAUCAACAGAUAAGCACAGCUGGUGGAGGGCCGGUUAGUGGUGUUUGCUCAUUCCAGCAGUAGGACUUUAGUUUGUAUUGUGAGUAACAAAACAAAUAAUGUUGUCGUUUGACUAAAUUGAGUUUUUCUUUAUCUGCAGUUAUUUUAUCUGAACAAAAUGCAAUAGAAGUGAUGUGAAAGAUGCUUUGAACGAUUUCAUACUUUAAGUACGGAUCAUUUAAAGGCAUAAGAUGAGGAUUCAUUAUUUCUUACCAUUAGCGAUGUGCCAAAUAAUAUGAAUUAAGCCUUAAGUGUUUGGUAAUGGCUGUUUCUAUCCCAGCUCCUGUUUAACCUGAUUUUGUGGAGCUUGUCAGCUGUUGGGUACAGAAGGAAUAUGCAGAAGGAGUCUAUUUAUGGUGAAUGACCCGUUUGGCUGAGGUGGAUAUACUUGAUGCAAACAUCAGCCAUUACAAACACACGCAAACACUCCAUGAAUAUUUGGGCGUUCGUCCUUAUUGUCAGAUGUGUCGAAUGUGUGUUUUAUAGCAAAUGACUGUAAGGAGUUUGUGAUCGGUUUGGGUUUGACACAGAAUGUCAUAGUCUUAUUUCAGGUGAGUGAGGAUGAAGACGAGAGGGUUGCAUGUAUUAGACGAGACAAGUGUGUGCUUGUGUAACACCUUAAGCUCCCGUCUCAUCGUCAUGACUCUGUAAGGACGAACUUCUCUGUGGGUUCUUUCUUUUUCUAUUUGUACAUCCCUUCAGAAACAGGCACCCAGCCUGCUGUAAGUAUGUACAGGUUUGUGUAAAUUAUUACCAGACAGGAAGAAUAACUGCAAGACUGAAUCUAGGAUAUACGUGAGCUUCUUUCUUAACCAAACGGACCAUUUGUGGACGCUGGGAGGAGACGUCUAAGGCCUUGAAAACAUUUUCUAGAGCGACAGGACAGUGGGAACUGGCCACUUCAGGAUGAGAAGCACAUUGAGCUCAGUGAGAAGACAGUUAUUCUCUGGUGACUGCCCCGUCCUCCACAGCAGUCCUUUGUUGUGAACAAGGAAAAUGACAUUUGUCUGAUACAUGGUUAGUAGUCAUUAUUUUCAUAACAUGAUUUCUUAAUAAAUAAAAAUGAUUUUAACUUAAAUUAUGACAACCAAGA